AUCUUAUCUCCACUCUCAAAAAACCCCUAAAGCUAAAAACAAACCUUAUCUCUUCUCAUCUCUUCACCAUGGCUGCUUCAGCUUCCUCUCUCGCUCUCUCCACCUUCACCCCCAAGUCCCUUCCUUUCUCCAUCUCCAGACCCGCCUCCGCUUCCCUCUCACCUCCUUCCCUCUCCUUCAAUCUCCACUCCCUCUCCGCCUCCCUCUCCCUCUCCAUCUCCGCCGCUUCCUCUCGCUUCGUCCGUAACGUCGCGGUUACUGACGACUUCUCAGUCGAAGAAGACGGCAUCUUCGCUGACGACGACGCUCCUCCUCCCCCGCGGCGGGAGCAAUCCUUCUCUUCUGACCUCAAGCUCUUCGUCGGUAACCUCCCCUUCAACGUUGACAGCGCUCAGCUCGCUCAGCUCUUCGAGAGCGCCGGAAACGUCGAGAUGGUUGAGGUUAUCUAUGACAAGGUGACAGGGAGAAGCAGAGGUUUUGGGUUUGUGACUAUGUCUUCAGCCUCUGAGGUUCAGACAGCUGAACAGCAGUUCAAUGGCUAUGAGUUGGAUGGUAGACCGUUGAGAGUUAACGCGGGUCCUCCUCCACCGAAGAGGGAAGACUCCUUCUCAAGAGGACCUAGAAGCAGCUUUGGAAGCUCUGGUGGAGGUGGUGGUGGUGGUGCUGGUUCAGGGAACCGUGUUUAUGUUGGUAACCUCUCGUGGGGUGUUGAUGACAUGGCGCUCGAGAGUUUGUUCGGGGAGCAAGGGAAGGUUGUUGAGGCUAGAGUCAUCUACGACAGGGACAGUGGUAGGUCGAAAGGUUUUGGGUUUGUGACGUACAACUCUGCUCAAGAGGUUCAGAAUGCCAUCAGAACCUUGGAUGGUGCUGAUUUGGACGGGAGGCAGAUUAGAGUGUCUGAAGCUGAGGCUAGGCCUCCAAGGCGCCAGUUUUGAGCACCAAUCUAUGGCUUCCUAUUCUCUGGAGAGGCGCUUUGAAGCAGUUUUUGUGAGAGGAUGGCAGUUUCGGUGGACCGUACUAAGCUAUGUGUUGUUGUGCCUUGGAUGCACGGAUGGUCUUUUGUUUGAAAAACAUAUAGAGUUAAGAUUUGUAAGGAAGACCAUGUUCUUGUCUGUCUGAAUGCUGUCAUUAACUGCUUCGCUUUAUUCUGAUUCAAUCUUCUCUGUCUUGUUUAUUGCUUUCUGA